AUGGAUCGUUUUGGCGACUCAGAUAUCCAUGUUCCUUCCCUGAACAUCGCUGGAAUGCCCGAUUGGAGUGGAUUGACAGCCUCCGACAGAUUUGCCAUGAAUGAGAGCGCCCUCUUGCAGCUCCAUCGGUCCAACUUGAAAGCCUUUAAAGACUUGAUGUUCUUGGUGAAGCUAGAUGAGGAUCUGUCCAACAGCCCGAAAGACUUCGGAGCAAACUUCAGCAUCAUCAGUGCUCGCUUGGUCCGUGUGGUUGCGAUGAUCGAGGCAGUGAUGGGGUAUCAGGGUUACUUCCAAGAUGGCUUCCCAGCGCCCUCUACGGUCAGCAUGACACCGACUGACAAUGAAAUGGUGCGCAACAUCCGGGACCUCUACGUGCUCCAAGAAUUGUACUCGUACCUGUCUGUUGCACAUUACGAUCUGUACCUUUGGUACGGUAGGCACUCGUACGAUAUGUUGACCUCACAUUAGGAGUAUCCUUCCAGCCAGAUGGACGACCGCUUGGCGGUUUGAAUGGCUAAAAUAAUGUCUGCUAUGUAUUCACACACAAAAAAUAUAGAUUUAUUAAUCAGGCUACUAAGUAAAUAGUAGCAAAUUAUUUGAAUUGUAGUGAUAACUAUUUGUGCUUAUAUAUA